AUGUCUACCUCGUCGCGAUUUGAUGCACCCCGCCGAGUUCAAUUUGGAGCCUCAAUCACCAAUACGCCCCGUGAAGACACUAAAGCCAUUCGUAAUCCUGCAAACGAACAAUAUUAUCAUCGCAUGGUCGAACUUGAAAAGAGAAUAUGGACCAAGGCAAAUGUAAAAACGCAGAUUGAGGCAGAUGUAUCGGAUAAAGAGCCACAAGUUGUGCAACACCGAGUUAGAUUCGGAAAUUGCUUCACAAAUCCUCCUUGCAAAGACCUCAAGGAACCCAAAGUUGCCAAGCGCAAUGCGAAUAAACAAUACUAUGAUCGUAUGGUGAGACUUGAGGCGAAAAUGUGGCUCGAAGGCAAGGAUCAAGCAGAGAGUGAGACGGACGAAUGGAGUGAAGGGAAUUCACCUGUCGGCACCAGGUAUGAUACACUCCGAAGUAGGCCGAAAACCAGUAUAGAUGAGAAAUACAGUGCUCACGCUGCGGAACUUGCUGAUAUUUCGAUCCAGUUUAGCAAAAUUCAUAUUGAGAUCACUCAAGAUACAACCAAGUAG